AUGGUGAGGAUGAGCAACGGCGGGGGGGGGAAGGAGUUGCAGGAGUUGCAGGUGACGGUGCCGAGCUUCUUCCGGUGCCCCAUCUCGCUGGAGGUGAUGAAGUCGCCGGUGAGCCUCUGCACCGGCGUCACCUACGACCGCUCCUCCAUCCAGACCUGGCUCGACGCCGGCCACAACACCUGUCCCGCCACCAUGCAGGUCCUCCCUUCCAAGGAUCUGAUCCCCAACCACGCCAUCCGCCGCCUCAUCGACCUCUGGUCGGCGGAGUCUCAACAGGAUCGCCACCACCCGCCGGAGCCGGCCGGAGGCGCCGCCGCCGUCGACUCUGUUUCCCCGGUCGACCUCCUCCGGGAGCUCGAGUUCUCGGACGACCCUCUUCCUGCCCUGAAAAGGCUCGCAGAUAUGGCGGCGGACGCUACCAGGGUUCUUGAUCUGGCGGAGAAUGGCAGCUGCAUUCCCGCCCUGAACAGGAUCCUCCGCCGGAAGGAGGCGGCGGCGUUGGCCGUCAGGGUUCUUUCUCUGGUUCUCCUCGUCGGGAAGGAGGUUCCGGCGGAGGUUGACGUGGGCUCUCUGGUUCACCUAAUGAGCGGCGCCGACGAGGGGGAGGAGCUGGUCAAUGAUGCCCUCUCCUGCCUUAUCGUUGUGUCUGAGCAGCGGCGGUCUCGGCCAGUGAUGGUGAAGCAGGGGGCCGUGGGGGCCCUGGGGAAGGUGCUGGGGAGGGAGUCAACGCCGCCCGUUACAGCGGAGAAGGCGCUGAGGCUGAUGGAGAGGGCGUCGACCUGCGCCGAGGGGCGUGCGGCGAUCUGCGAAGACCCGGCGGCGGUAGCGGCGGUGGUGGGGCGGAUGGUGAAGGCGUCGCCGGCGGCGGCGGAGCACGCGAUCGUGGUGCUGUGGACGGUCUGCUUUCUCUUCCGAGACCGGCGGGCGCUGGAGGCUGUGGCGGCCUGCAACGGGUUGACGAAGAUCCUCCUCUUGAUGCAGAGUAACUGCUCUGCGGCUGCCCGGGAAAUGGCCGGCGACCUGUUCAAGCUCUUCUGCGUCAACCAUGGCGGCUGCCUCCCCCCCGGCUACGACCUCCAGACCACCCACAUUAUGCCCUUCUGA